GCAGGGCUGGGCAYGGGGCUGGCGGGCAGAGGACAGGCUGAACUGUGCUGGGACACGGACAGGGCUGGGUGGGCGCCCAUGGGAUGUGGCUCUUGGUACCGUUUUCCCACCGGUGUGGAUGGCCAGGGAAGGGUUAAUGCAGGCGAGUGGCUCGAUCUCCAUUGGGGACACAUGUCCCCCCAUCCAGGGGGACCCCUCUGGUUCCCCUUUCCUCAUCCCACCCUGGAGGCAUAUGGGCAUCCAGUUCCUCCACCCCGUUUGCCUCCCCAGGGCUUGCAGUGCUGGUUUCUAGCUCUCUGCAGCAUUCCAUCACUACAGGACUAAUUCCCUGCUCCAUCCCACCCUCCUUUUCAGCCCCACCCCAUCCUCCCCACACCUCUCAGAAAACCUUGGCAGCAGUGGGGAGCGUGCCCAGGUGCACCCACAGCGUGGGGCUGGGGCGCACAGCCCCACUCCCCUUCCCCGUGGAAGACGCUUGCCUGCUGAGYGCAGAUUGCUUUUAUCCAAACCCAAUUUCCUAGCAGGGCUCCAGGAGUCCCAGGGGACUCCCUCCCUCUGCCGAGCAGGGGGGAAAGAUCUGAGCUGGUUUCUGUUAAUUGGUUUAAUUUAUUCAGCGGUGCAGAUGUAAAACAUUUUGUUAUUGGAGAUAAUUCCACCUUUUCUGAAGUCGGGAAUCAAACGCAGCGGCUCCAGGUAGCCGACAAUGAAAUAAAUUGAAGGCAACACUUUAAAGGGGAAUCAAAGUGCUGGGCUAGAACAAUUCCCACAUUUACAUGACAUUUUUCCACGAUGCCGUUUCCCGCUGACGCAAAUUGCCGAGGCCGCCUCGCCGGCCCCCCCUCCCCGCCCCGGUUCGCCCGCUCAUCUCCGUGUCUCUCUUGUCUCCCCGGUGCGUGCGGGGCCGCGCUGCCGCGGCGCAGGUCAGCACCGCCGGACGGCCCCGAGCCCGACGAGCGGCCGGUGUCGGUGUUGAGCUCCCUCAGCUACAGGAAGCGGCCGGGCCUCAAGGACUCCAUAGGCGGCCGCGGGGACGAGCAGACGCUGUUCAGCGCCCUGGGCGAGCGGCCGCCUUCCCCCGAGCGCCCCCCGCGCAGGGCGAACCGCGGCGGCGAGCCCCAGGACCGGGCGGCCGUCAUCGCCCGCGCCUUCGCCGACGCCAGCGGCCGGGCUCGCCAAGGGCUGGACAAGCGGUGGUCCCUCUCGGCCACCGACGUAGAGAAAGCUUCUGUCGCCUCCGCCCCCGUGAGCCGCGUCUCCUCCGCCUCCUGGCGCGGGCUGGAGGACGGCGAUGACGGGGAYGAGGGGUGCUCGGUGCUGAGCUUCGCCCUUUCCAGCCCCGGCAGCUUGCGGAGCCGGCGGGGAGGGCCCGAGGGCCGCCCCGAGUCGCGGCUCUCCCUGGCCCGCAGCCGCCUGGAUGAGGCGGAGGAGGGGUCCCGCGGGCAGCCCCUCUUGGGGCGCAGCUUCUCGGUGCCCCCGCGGCCCCGCAGUGCAGCCUCCGAGGAGGAGGCUCCUGGGGACGCCCGUCCCGUGCGGCACCGCUCCUACCUCGACCCCGACCUGGAAGCCGCCAUCCAGGAGGUGCUGAGCUACCGCCCGCUGCGAGCCAGGGGCUGCUCCAGCCCCGAGGCCGACUCAGGGGAUGACGGCCGCAGUGUCCGGAGUGUCCGGAGUGUCCGGAGUGCGGCCCCGCUGGGCGCCGCUGACCGCCCCUCCGGCAGCCUGCGCCGCUCCGCGUCCGCCCUCGACUUCUCCCGGCACACCUGCCGGUGCCGCAGCAKCUCGGGCUCCUCCGAGGAAGAGGARGAGAGGAAGAAGAAGAGCUCCAAGAAGCGUUCCAAGAAAAGCAAGAAGAAAUCCAAGAAGAAGAAGAAGAAACAGCAGUCRUCAUCCGAGUCCAGUUCCUCCUCCGAGUCCUCCUCCGGCUCCACCAGCUCCUACCGCAGCACCUCCAGUGUCAAGAAAGGCCCGCGGGCAGCAGGGGGAGAGGAGCCGACACGUCCUGCCCGGGGCAAAAAGGAGGAGAAGCAGAGGAAGAAGCAGGUGGACAGCCUGAUGAUGAAGUACCUGUACCGUCCCGAGAGCGACUGAGGCAGGAGGUGGGAGCGGUGUGUGCCGUGCAGCAUGAACCUCCCCGUGUGCCACUAACCGCUCGCCCUAACCCUCUCCUGAUCCGGACAUGGAGCUCUCCUCCAUCGGGAUGGGGCACCCCGGGACGGGGCACCCCUCUGUGCCUGCAGCAGCCCUGUUUUUGGGGUGCAGCAGGGCAUCCCCAGCGCAUCUCCAUCCGUGGGGAGAUCCCCGGCGUGGCCGCAGCGGGACCGGCAGCUGCCUGUGCUGCCAGGACGCAGCGUGUUCGGGAUUAGCAGCUGCGGGGCACCRGGAAGUGCUAAUCCCUUCCUGGCUCCGCAGCCACCGGCCAGGACACAUCUGGAUUUGUUCCUUGAGGAAAUUUAAGGGUUUGGGGGGCAGCACAGCAUCCUGCUCGYCCCGGGAGUGGAGUGGAAUGGGUACUAACACGCACCCACUGCAGUGUGUGAGCAUGGGGGGAGGCAGCACCUGAGGGGGGACCCAGGAUGGGCAGCUGGAGCUCAGARCUGCCCUGUGCCCUCUUGGCUGCCUGUGAUGGGAAUUCGGGGUGUGAAUGGCCUCAACCUGCAGGACUGUGGGGCUCUGAAUGCUGUUGAUGCAGAGGGGAGGAUUUGCCAGGGCUUGCCAGCAGCAGUUUCAGAACAGGCUCCAUCCUUUCUGAUGGCUUGAACAGGAGAAUGGCCAGAGGAAGGGAAGGAAGCCUUUUGGAAAUGUGGUUGCUGUUGGGCUGCAGGGGCAGGGCAGGCAUCAUGGGGUAACAGGGGGAAGCAGCACCCCCAGCACCCAGCCCUGGGCUCGGGUACAACAGGGACCCUCAUUCAGGGUGUCUGGGGGUGCUGCUGUUGGCAUCCACGAGCCUUUUCCUGGGCAGGCUCAGCUCGGCCCCACUGCAGAGCAGGGGCUCAGCUCAGCGCAGCGAAGAGUUGUUUGCAGCGAGGCAUGUCCCAAAUAUCUCGGAAAGAAUAAAAAAGGAGGCAAUCAAGGCUCCAUCCAGCUGGCUGCCAGCGUGCUCCUGGCUCACGGCAGCUCCCGCUGCAGCCGGAGGGGAGCCGAGCUCAGCAGCCAAGCCGUGCUGGGGACACGGAGCCCCCCAUGACUCCCCCUMACCYCAYUCUCUC